CUGCUCCUAAACCGACCCUGCGCAUUUUAGUCGGCAGCAAAAUUUAUUACGAUAUCGUGCUCUAAUGUGCGCCGUCCGCGCACAAUACCCUUUCCUCUCUGCUUGUGCCUGACAUAGUUGUUAUUCAGUUCAUUCCUGCUUCCCCGCCUUCCUCUUUUAGGAACCAAUAGAGCUCGAGAGAGUAGUCGAGUGAAACAAUAAUGGAGAGCGAGCCUACUCGAGUGAUGGUGGCGGUGAAUGAAUCGACUCUCAAAGGCUAUCCACACGCGUCGAUAAGUAGCAAAAAAGCAUUCGAGUGGACACUGAAGAAGAUCGUUCGGUCCAAUACCUCUGGCUUCAAGCUUCUCUUGCUCCACGUUCAAGUUCAAGACGAAGACGGUUUUGAUGACAUGGACAGUAUAUAUGCUUCCCCUGAUGAUUUCCGACAAAUGAGGGAGCGUAACAAGGCUAAAGGACUUCACCUUCUUGAGUUUUUCGUUAAGAAAUGUCAUGAUAUUGGGGUUGGGUGCGAGGCUUGGAUCAGGAAAGGUGAUCCCACAGAAUUGAUAUGCCAUGAAGUGAGGCGAGUCCGGCCAGAUUUUCUGGUUGUGGGAAGUCGUGGUCUCGGCCCAUUCCAAAAGGUAUUUGUUGGAACAGUGAGUGAAUUUUGUGUGAAGCAUGCAGAAUGCCCAGUCAUCACAAUCAAACGCACUGCUGAAGAAUCUCCACAAGAUCCAGCUGAUGACUAAAUUUCAAAAGCAACGCAAAACCAUGCGGUGAUUUCAUGUCUGCUGAAUCCCGCAAGCUUUUGAGAGACAAUAAAUGGGUGUGUUGCAGUACAGAAGAAGAAAAACGUUACAAAAAACUCUUUUGAUUGAUCUAGUAAGUGCAUCUGUAAUUCUAGAUGUUAUUCGAUGAUACUACACACACAAAGCAUCAUAUAUAUUCGUGUUUAGUCUCCAUUCUCGAAACAUAAAAACAAAAAGUUCCUUUAUUUGUUGUGUAAUCUUAGACUCUUCAAUGUCUUUCAUAUAUGGCUAUCCAAUGUCUGGUCUGCUGUAUCUGAUUGCAAAUGCUUCUUGGGAUGUUCUCGUUUAUCAUCAUGGUCCUAGUAUUAACUGAGUACUAAGGAAGUAUCAAAGAGGUGGAGCAAAUGAAGCGUUUCUUGGAGGAAUUGUCAUGUCUUGAGCUCGUUAACGUUGGCGCAUCCCCAAAAGACCACAAGGAAAAGCUACGACUCACCACGGAUUUUCUAAUGCUACCUAAAGCUUCUUCCAAAUUCGAGAUCAAGUUGAGUUUCUUGAAAAUUACCAUAUUGGCUCUCAUAUUUGUCCAAGUUUGUUGGAACAUGAAUCUACUUACUCUUCUGUUGGACCAUUUGAGCCCUCAUGCAUAGUGUAUUUGAUUUGGUUUUAUUAGGGUUCUAUAAACUGAGAGAAUUUGUAAAAACCUUCUAUAUAAGGAGGAAAAGGUAUCAUAUCUACUCUUUAGCUAGGAAGAACAUUUCCAUAAGUUUAGAAGAAACAAACAAAA